AUGGACAUCACUCAUUCUUGGAUGGAAGUCCUGCUGUUCCUCAUGAUUAUUGUUCCUCAGAUGUCAGCAAUCACACACACUCUUCAGUACCUCUACACUGCGCUUACACCAGGAAUAAAUGUCCCAGAGUUCACUGCUGUUGGUCUGGUGGAUGGACAGCAGGCUGUUUACUAUGACAGCAAUAUCAGGAAGACAAUCCCAAAAACAGAAUGGAUCCUGAAGAUUGGUGCUAAUAAUCCAGAUUACUGGGAAGAUCGGACACAGAGUAUGCAGAGUGAUCAGGAGGAUCUCCAGAAUCUUUUACAUACAGUAAUAAAAUAUGUUAAUUACACUGAAGGAGUUCAUACACUACAGAGGAUGUACGGCUGUGAGCUUGAUGAUGACUGCACCACUAGGGGAUACAAUCAGGUUGGUUAUGAUGGAGAGGAUUUCAUCAGUCUGGAUCUGAGGACUGGAACCUGGACUGCAGCUAAUGAUAAAGCUAUGACCACAAAACAGAAGUGGGAGUCUACAGGAGCUGAGAUUAAAUACUGGAAGUACUACCUAGAGAAAGAGUGUUUUGAGUGGUUAAAGAAGUUUUUGUCUUAUGGCAGAGAGACUUUGGAGAGAAGAGUUCGUCCCGAGGUGUCAGUGUUCCAAAAACACUCUCCUUCUCCAGAGGUGGUUUGUCAUGCUACAGGUUUCUUCCCCAAAGCAGUGAUAAUCACCUGGCAGAAGGACGGAGAGGACGUGCAUGGGGCCGUGGAGCUCAGAGAGACGUUACCCAACCAGGAUGGAAGCUUCCAGAAGAGAAUCAUUCUGAAAGUCCCAGCUGAGGAGCUGCAGAAACACACCUACACCUGCGUGGUUCAUCCCAGCGGGCGGCAGCAAUGGCCGGGAGAUCAACAAAUAUAUACAGGUGGAGCACCAAUUGCUAUCAUUGUGGCUGUCACAGCUCUCCUCACUCUUUCUGCUGUUGUGGCUGGAAUUAUGGUUUGGAAGAAGAAAAACUUUGAUUGGAAGAUUCUCUACAACGUCACACUAAGGACAAAUUUAACUGAACUCAUUGCUGUCGUUAAGGUGGACAAUGCCCUGUUUUUCCGCUAUCCUGCUAACAACACAGAGAAGAAAAGGGCGGAUUUGUGGAAAAGAUCCCUUCAGUUGUUGAUUUCCUGUGAUGAAGAUGAUGUCAACCUCACUAGAGCAUAUAUGAAGUUCAUCAGCGGCAACAGUUUCAUCACUUUUCAUUUAAAAAAUGAAAGCUGGACUAUGUCUGAUGAUCAAGCUGCAGUAAUAAGGAGGAGUUUGGAUCCUGAAUAUGCUCAGAAUGCAAAGGACAUCCUGCAGAAGGAGUGUGUAUAUUGGGAUGAGCAGAAUAGCAGAGAAAAUCAUGAGAGGAAAGAUAAUCAUACACUACAAAACAUCACUGCCAUCCCAUCAGGAUGGACUUCCACAGUUAAUGAGAAGACUAAAAAGCAGUUUUCCAGCAGCAUCACCGAAAAACCUGAUGAUGCAGAUAAUAUAGAGUUUGUGCUGGUUCGACAGGUGGAGAAUCAGAUGGAGCAGUGA